AUGAAGAGCCCCGCACUUUAUGGCCCAGUCACAAAGCUGCAAUGCUGCCCGACUUCCGACGGCGCUGCUGCUGCUGUCCUUGUGUCAGAACGGUGGCUGCACAAGCAUCCCGAGCCCCAGAGCAAAGCUAUUGAAAUCGCAGGGCAAGCAAUAGUCACUGACCAAGCCGAGACAUUUGGAUCCUCAUCCAUGGAUCUCGUCGGAUUCCAGAUGACAAAGCGUGCGGUCGCCGCCGCGCUCGCAGAAGCAAACACGCCAGUCGCACGCGUAGGCGUCUGCGAGCUGCACGACUGCUUCGCCGCCAACGAGCUGGCCACCAUCGAUGCGUUGGGACUAUGCGAGCCCGGUAAGGCUGGCCAAUUCGUCCGCAGCGGAAACAUCUCUCAUGGCGGUCGCGUAGUCGUCAACCCAUCCGGCGGCCUGAUCUCCAAGGGCCACCCUCUAGGCGCCACCGGGCUCGCUCAAUGCGCAGAGCUGGUCUGGCAACUCAGAGGGUGGGCGAAUAAUCGACUUGCGCCGUACACAACUGUGGCCCUGCAGCAUAAUCUGGGCCUAGACGGUGUUGCUGUGGUGUCUGUGUAUAAGCGCGCGGAUGGGUUGGCAAAUGCUCCCAUGACCGAUAAUGAGGUCUCCGGGGUUUCAGGGGUGAGUUAUAACCCUGCCACGGAAGUAAGGCAGGUCACCGUGGAGCAGAUUAAGAGUGUCUUAAGCAGGCCGCAUAAUAAUCAAUGGGUCCGUGUGGGUGGCCGUGGCGGUGACUUGGAAGCCUCUUUCCUUGCUAGAAUUUGA